AGAACAGAAACAGCGUGACACUCGGGAGAUGUACACAUCAGUCAGUCAGUGCGUAUAUGGUGGUGCGCGUCGUGAGUGGUGUUUAUUGUUACAAUCAAGAAAAUCGUCAUUGAUCCAGUGCUAGUCACCUUCCACCAGUAAGCAAGUUAUCAAGUGCAAUCGUAAAAUCUCACACGCGCAGUUCUAGUCGAAUAUUUUUGUAUGCAGUUCGCUUCCGUACGUUCUAUCGUCGCGUAAUCACAGCAAGUGACCUCAAAUAAUAACUUACCUCCGACGUCGGGAGGAAAUUUAAUGCACCUUUGAUUGUCUCGUCGUCGCUUUUUCCAACAACAUACACGAAAAUGGCGUCGCGGCGGCGUCCGAUAGAUGUAGCGAGUGCUGACCAUUCGGGGUCCCAGCAGUAGGCGUGUUGAAGGACAGUGUGCCAGUUGAGUUCCGGAGGAAGUGCCAUUGUUUGUGUUGCCCGACGGGAAGAGACCUAGCGAAGAGUCGACAGCAGCGCAAGCAAGCAAAGAAGAGCCCUCGUGACUAAUCCGAAAUCGUGUGCGCUACGCGACGGCUGUGAAUAUAGUGUGUUGUUCCGUGUCUCUACCUCAUUUUAGUGUCGAUGUGAGUGAGCAAAGAAGAUAUACUACCGUCGUCACAGCGGAGGAGAAUCGAAACCAAAGGUGUCCUUCAAGAGUCUCAAGUAGCUCAAGGUAGCUCGCUUUUGGAAAGCAGGCAGAAGAUUAGUGUUAAGUGUCAGGCGGAGCAGUUCGAGCCGCACUCCAGGAUGAGUUCCGGGCAGUCCCAGCAGUUCUGCGUUCGGUGGAAUAGUCACCUCGGGAGCAUAGGAGCCGCAUUUCCACAGCUAUUGGCUGGCCAACGGUUUGUGGACGUGACGCUCGCCUGCGAGGGCCACCAGGUGCACUGUCAUCGGCUGGUACUGGCAGCAUGUUCUACCUUCUUCGAGAACUUGCUCGGCGAGAACCCGUGCAAGCACCCCAUCAUCAUACUUCCACGGGAGAUCAAACUGUGGGCCAUCCAGGCGCUGGUCGAUUUCAUGUACAAAGGAGAAGUGAACGUAUCUCAGGCCGGUCUGCCAGAUCUGAUGAAAUGUGCCGAAAUACUGAAGAUCCGCGGCCUGUGCGGAUCGGAUGCGGCACUCAAUCUCAACCAAAUCGCCAGCCCCGGUGGCGGAAGCAGUUCGAGCGCAUCCGCUGCGGGACAAACCCAGGAAUCAUCAUCGAACCAAAGUGGCCAAAGAGGAUGCAGUCCUCAACGCAGUGAACAAGCCAAAGGACAGCAGAACAGUGCCCUCAGUGGAAUUAAGCCCUCGGGGAACUUCCUGAACAGCUUAAACCUACAACCUGUAGCCUCAUCUACGCCUGCGAAGGCUUCUAGUCAGCAGAAACUGCACCAACAACGUCACAACCUUCAGCAGAGCGGCGAUGAUGGCGACAGUGACAACGGAGGGAGUGGGAACGAACUGUGCAUCAAGACAGAAGAUCUGAUCAUAGAUGAAGACGCUGUGAAACAGGAUGACGACGACGAUGAGAUAGAGAUGGAAGGAAACGACAAAACCCAAGCAGAGGACGACGACCACCAAGUCGUUGAGGAUGAAGAUAUUGAAGGUUUUGUCGAAGACGUAGUAGGGCCCAAACUCCAACCGCUAGGCGGUCGACGAUCACGUCUCCUCAGUAGUAAUAGCAAUAGUAAUAACAAUAAUAAUCGGUUCACUAUCACCAUCACCGACGACAACAGUACUGCUAGUAACCCUUGUCCAGCAGAGUCCUCCAAAACGACCCUUACGAACAACCGAGUGACCUCCUCGCUUCCUCCGCCGUCGUCAUCGUCGCUGCUGUCGAUCCUAACACGUGGCUCGAUUCGGGUGAAAUCGAACGAAAAUCUUUUUGAAAAUCACUUCACUCAACGACACGAUCAACUUUCGUCGGAAGAACUUAGACAUGUUGUUAGAUCCGUUCGAACCGGAAAGCACGGGUACGGGUCGUUCUACGGUGUUGGUGAUGGUGCUGAUGGUGACGAUGGUGACGGUGAUGGUGGUGAUGGUAGUGGUGAUGGAAGUGCUAUCAAUAGUAUUAAAAGUGUAGAUGGUGGGACUGAUUCCGGCACAACCGGUCUUCCCUCUUCCUUAGUGUACAACCGCAAUACGAUGGAUAUCUACGUUAAACCAAAGAAAGAUGGCGGUGGUGGCGCCAGCACUACUAGCAAUCCGGACAUUUCGUACGAAGAGGCAGGAAGCGAAAUUUCGGCCGACGGUUUCGAGAACAUCAUCUGUUCACCGAACUUUCCGCAACUCGGCGGCGGAAGCAGUACUAUGGGCAGCUAUCAGGAUGAUGACUACGACGAUGAUUUCGACAUUCAGAUUCUCCCGGAUGAGAAUUCGUUGACGAACGGCGAAAGCGAAGGCGAUGACUUUGUGUACCCACCUCCUCUGCUCCCUUUCGGAAACUCGGAAACAAGCAUCACCCGCAUACCGGGUAAAAUGCGAACGAACGGUGGAUCAGCUCUGCUCACGCCAAUGAUAAAACGGCGGCGCCAGUCCAGCCGGGGAGGAAGACUGAUGUUCUCGGAUUCCAGAGAAACCAAGGUCACCAUGACGAACGGGGUAGUUAUUCCACCGUCGGCGUUCGUUCUGAGGAAUCCCCGGGGGAAUCAGCCGCGGUCCUACAACACAGACGCGCUCUGGUCGGCCUUGAUGGACGUCAAGGCGGGAGAAAGUAUAUACAGAGCGUCACAAAUCCACAAAGUUCCUCGCAAAACGCUCCGCAACUGGAUGAAACGGUGGGACAUCAAGUCCGCCUAUCCGAUGCCCCGGCAGCUAAAGGAAGCCGCAGAAAAGAAACGUAUCAUCAAGGAACUGACUGAACAAGCGCAGCAAAUCGGCGAAGAUCCGAUGCAGUAGUGAGUGGGAGCAAAAACCAACCAACCAAUUAAUAUGUACUGGAAACCGUAAAAAAACACUUAAUUAUACGUUUUUACACAAAGAAAGAAAGCAAAAAACAAAGAAAUGAACCCCAAAUAUGAAACAAAUACGGAAAUGAUAGUCAGCAUGAAACAGAUGGCAAAGAUAAGAGAGUAAGAGAGAAAGAGACAAAUUUAAGAUAUACAGAUUUAUAUAUUUUUGAGUUAUAGUUGCUAAGUCAAACAUCCCCGUAACCCCUUUCCCUUUUCCCAUCUCAUCCCAAAAAUUAGAAGCGUAAGGUAACCUCCCUUCCCCACAGAUAGAAAGAGAGUCGGAACGGAGAAAAUAUGGUUCAAAGUGAAAUCUAGUUCGGUAGUGUUUAGGUUAUUUUUUUUUCUAUGGUUUUCCAAAAACAUACAAAAGCAUAAGUGGAAUGAAAAUCUCCUAAUCCUUAGUUUAGAACAUUGAGUUAUGCAAUUUUAUUUUAGCGAAGCACAUUUUCAUCACGCGAACACAUUACACAUAUGUUAGAGGGCUCCUUUUCAGGUGGAAUAAUGCCGUUUGCCAUAAUGCACACUUGGAAUAAUGUGAAUUUGGCAUAACACUUAGCAUCAUUGGCAUUUUUCACAACAUCUAAAAAGAAUAAUGCUAAUGACAGUACACAAAUUAAGCAUCUAUGCCAAAUGGUAUUAUACCAAAUGGAGUUGAGCCAAGUAGGAGAUCGGUUUAGGGCUCCACCCUUGCCUGGUCCACUGUGGAGAGGUAUAAUUGUCAUCGCUGUUUGCGAUUAUAAUUUCACAAAACAAAAGUAGUAAAAACGUACAUUUACUUCUAGUCAAAUGUUGUCAAACCACAAACCAUUAGCUUUUUCAUCCCAAGGGCUUUAUAUACAUACAAAUCUAGUUUACGGAAAAAAUUGGCAUUACAUUUCGUUGUGCACGAAUAUUAGUCACGCUCGGUUGCAAUGUAGGUACCAUAUAUUUUUAACUCCUAAGGCCAUAAUAAUUGUGUAUGUAAUGUAUGAUUAGUGUAUCUCUCGUACCUUUGAUUUCAAUUAACUAUUUUAUAUGCACCAAUCAUAUUUUUAUACAUCCCUUUAAGUAAGUACUUACCUGAAUGUGGAACUGAUCGGGACAGUCGUUUCCCGAUCGAGGGCAGUCUUGUUUGAAAUAACUUAUUUUCUACGGAACCAUUCUAGUGUCGUUUCAUUACCAAAAAUUGUGCAAGUCAAUAAAGUAAUUUGAGUAAAAACCAACAGAAAAA